AUCUUGUUGACCAUCAGUGUAAUAAUCAUAUACUAAUAAAUCAUAUACUAUCAGGUACAGGCUCUUAUCAUUGCAGACUAAGCUCUUUUGUUCUAUAAAUUGGUUAAUACACAAUGCACUGAUGUUCUGAAGAGUGAAGUUCUCAUGGCGUCUCUCCAUACAUUGCUGAUUCUGUGUGUAUGUGCCACAGCCCUGUGUUUGCCAACAUCUUCAUUGACAGGCAAUACAGAGAUUGAUGUGGAUAAUGGAAAAGACCAGGAUAUAUUUGAUAUAAAUGAAGCGGCAGGACUUGACCUGGUGGAAGGAGACAUUCUGUUAAAUGAGGGAGAAGGCAGAAACGCUAUUCUGGGUGAAGAGUAUCGCUGGCCGACCACUGUGCCAUAUGUCCUAGACAGCAGCCUUGAAAUCAAUGCCAAAGGUGUGAUACUGAAAUCAUUUGAGCAAUACAGACUCAAGACCUGUAUUGACUUCAAAGCCUGGGAUGGAGAGCCAAACUACAUUUUCGUAUUUAAAGGCAGUGGAUGUUUCUCAAAGGUGGGGAAUCGAAAGAUGGGGAAACAAGAGUUGUCAAUUGGUGCAAACUGUGACCGUUUAGGAACAGUGGAGCACGAGUUUCUGCAUGCGCUGGGUUUUUGGCACGAGCAGUCCCGAUCUGACAGAGACGACUACGUCACCAUCAUGUGGGACCAGAUUAAAGAGGGUAAAGAGCACAACUUUAAUUCAUAUGAUGAAACGGUGUCAAGCUCUCUCGGUGUGCCCUAUGAUUAUGGUUCAGUCAUGCACUACAGUAAGACAUCCUUCAGCAAAGGUAGUGAGCCAACCAUCGUUACCAAAAUACCAGAAUUCUUGGAUGUGAUUGGUCAACGCAUGGAGUUUAGUGACAGUGACCUGCUCAAGCUGAACCGGCUAUACAAUUGUUCUACAGCCUCAACUUUUCUGGACUCUUGCCAGUUUGAGGAGCCGAAUAUCUGUGGUAUGAUCCAGGGUGAUGGUGGAAAUGCCAAGUGGGCUCGUGUACAAAGGGUAGAGGGCGGUCCACAGACGGACUACACCAACCUGGGUCAAUGUCAAGGUAUAAACACCCCUAAUCACAAAAGCAGGAUUCAUCCUAGUUUUGCAUUUAUUUACAAUGAAAAGUGCCAUUUUUGAGCCACAUGAUCGCUGGAAAUAAAACUUCAUGCAAAUGAGAAGUGAACUUCGCAAUCGUGUUUCCUUUUACGCAACUUCGUGCUGGGUGGCCCUGCCUAUUGUGAAAUCUCAUUGGCCCUAAAUCCACAUAACCUCAAAUAUAUUUGGUUGUGAUGCAUCCAAAAAUCGCACACCGUUUAGUAUGUAAAACAUUUGACUGGAAACUGUUAAGAAAUGAUUUUCUUAUUUUUCUCUGUAUGAAAUUUGGAGAUACUACAUCCACUCCCUUACCACUGUCACUUCACAGCCAUUCACAAAUCUUCUCCUGUGGCCCCAUGGGAUAGUAAAGUUUCAUCAAACUUUUACUGUAAAUUCAGACACACUACUUUUUUCACAUUGUUUUCAUCUACUACGUAGUAGGGAAGUAGGCAUAUUCAGACAGAAGGAUAGAGUCACAUCAAGCAGGAGUGUCAUGUGUGCAAUACUGAACUUUUUCACAAAGCUAAUAUUUUAGCAAAAUUUACACCAACUGCAAAAGAAAAAAAAAACUGCUAUUGCAUUUCCAUUACUUUACAAAUGAGGAAACUAAAUACAGAGAGAUAAGUAUACAGAGAAAUGUCAAACUUUAUAGUCACUUUCUCAGCACCGUAUUAGAAACUUCCUCACAAAUCGCAGAGUUGACUAUUAUUUGCAUUUGUUUGCCAAGGUAAUUUAACUCAAAGUAUAGUGUUAUGAACGUACAUUAUUAUAUGAUUUUUUUUUUUUAAGAUUUUUUUUUUUUCCCCAAUUAAUUUUAUUUAACUAUUGUGACCCUAUUGUGAAAAUGUGUCAUUGCAGUCUUACCGCAUCAUACCACGUUAGGCCAAAGACUCUCUUAAAGGGAUAGUUCACCCAAAAAUGAAAAUCCUGUCAUUAAUUACUCACCCUCAUGUUGUUCCAAACCCGUAAGGCCUUUGUCCAUCGCUGGAACACAAAUUAAGACAUUUUUGAUGAAAUCCAAGAGUUUUCUGAUCCUGUAUAGACAGCAACUUAAUAACCAUGUUCAGGGCCCAGAAAGAUAGUAAGGACAUUGUUAAAAUAGUCCAUGUUCUCUUAGUUCACAGUCUGUAUUUUCUGAUUGCAAGUCAUCCUCUCUGUUGAAAUCAGACAAUCUGGCAUUAUACCUGUAAGUGAAGUUGUAACAUUACCAGUAAAUUGCCGGAAUGAUGCUGUGUGUGAACGCAGAAUGAAGAUUACCGUUAUGAGCAUGUACGAGCUCAGAACGCACUGAUCUGGGCCAGUCUACAGCCAUUGAAAUUCAGUGGCUCUGGGCCAAUCAUAACAUUCUGACGCAAAUUAAGCAUUUACUCCAUGCUGUGUAGCUCAGUUUGAAGUCAUCUAAUUCGAUGUCUCUGGACCAAAAUGCUGCAUGAAUGGGAAUGUUUGACACAAAAAUGAAAACAUCAACAAAAACG